AUGGAUAACCAGCCUGGAUCUGUGUUCUGGUGGCAAAAGGCCGAUGAGAUUCCUCUAGAGACCUGGGAGCAUAUCGCCAGCUAUGUCACUGACCCCAAAAGCCUGGCCGUGAUGGCGCGUGUCAACCACAAACUCCGUUAUGUGUGCGACCCCAAGCUGUACAACAGCGCAGUGGUUGAAGGGCGGAUCCAAGACGCGGUUCUUCUCGCCGCUGCCGAGGGAAAUCUUGCUACAUUGCAGAAAGCAAAACGCUACGGUGCAGCCUUUAACAAAAUCACUCCGCUUGCUGAACCUUUCGAGUGGGUGUUGAACCUGUGGGAAGAGAUGAUGGCACGAGACGGCCCCUUGAGCCACAAGCCCGAUUUCACACCGCCCGAUGCGGGCUGGGCCACUCCAUUGCAUGUCGCCGCGAUGAAUGGCCACUACCACGUCGUCGCGUGGCUUCUCGAUGAGGAUGUAGACAUUGAAGCACCUGCAAGGUUCUGCUGCGAGUGCUUGCCUCUCGUCGUACAGGACCCUACGAACCCGACACGAUAUCUAGGGGAUUAUCCAGCUUGGACACCUCUCCAUUACGCCAUCUGCAAGGGCCAUUCCUCAGUUGCCAGGCUGCUUCUUUCUGCUGGGGCCUCAUAUGGCAACUUAUGCGUGCCGCAAUCGUCUGGAAGAUGGUAUAAGCGCCCUUACAACAGAAACAUAGGCGGACGCGCUAUCGGACGGUUUUACUGUUAUCCUCACCUACGAGACCAAGAAAAUGACAUCUCAGGACAUGUUUCUGCAAUCCACACGGCAGCUGCAACAGGAAACAAAGCUAUCAUGUCUCAUCUUGUCGAGGGCCUCGGAGUGGAUAUCCACAGCAAGGACGAAGGGAACGCAGCACCAAUACACUAUGCUGUCUUGGCGCCAAAUGCAUCCAUGGUCAGUCACGCCAUCCAAUUGGGAGCGGAUGUACAUUCUGGAUAUUGCCCUAGAACCGUGUCAAAACAUAGUUCAGGGUGGGAUCACCGGCGAAUUAUUCCGAUGUGUAAGAAAACACCGCUCGAGCCCCUUCACUGGGCUUUGUUGUGGAAAAGGGGAAAAAGACAGAGGCUGUCAGAGAACUGGCCUUGA